AUGCACCCUUCGUGUAGGUUCUGCCAUUCUCUGUGGCAAAACCAGUUCCAAGAACUCGGACAGCUGCAAGGACCUCGCAACGGAAGCGACCCGCUGGCUGUGGAGCUGCAGACGAGACAAGUCUUGGGUCAGAGAGCUGUAAGAGGCAUCCCCAACUUGGACAGAUCACGCGAGACAUGGCGGGACUCGGGGGUCGAAGAGGAGGAAGUGCGGACCCCACAUCUCUGUGAUGUUGUGACAGCCUGCAACAUCCCUCGGGGUCAGUUCUGGCAAAAGGUCAAAGUGAUGGAGCGGCUGGUGUUGAAGACGCUGAACGGUCGUCUGGUGGUACCCACACCUCUGUUUUUCCUCGAGUAUUUUCGCCUUUGUAAUCAUCAACGAUGCCACAAUUCCUGUCAAUGUCAACUUCACUCGGUUCAUCGUCUAAAAAUAGCGAAAGCACUUCUGGAAAUAGUUGUCGGAGACUACGAGGUCAUGCAGUUCAGACCAUCACUCCUGGCCUUGGCAACAUGGAAAGUGGCGGCGGAGAUAACUGGGGCUGAUGAUCAGGACUUCCGGCCAGAGAAGAUGUACAUCACUCGGGGUCAGUUUGGCUGCUGCUACAGAAAGGUAAAAGAAAUCGCAGUCACUACUCACAAGACAGACCUGUAUGACAUGACCUCCUUCUACUCCUCCCCGUAGUUACUGAUGUGCCAGAGGAAGGUGGCAGAUGAGUGGGUGGGGGAAUUCAAGGGAAGCACAACGUAGAUGACUCCUGCAGUCUCAACGCUUUUCACGUAGCGAACGUAAAGUCUGCCACUGCGCAUGCUCCUGGCGCGUGCUCCUGUGUGCAUGAACGUAGUCGGUGUCAUUGUGUAAGGCGUGCGUGCGUGUCUGAGUGUGCUUGAAUAUAAUUGUGUAUUUACAUCUAAAAGAAUGCUUCAAGUUCACAUUGAUGGGAUGAUGUCAAGGUUGUGUAGGCUGUCAAGGGAAUGAUGUCAAGGUUGUAUAAACUGUCAAAUGAAUGAAAGAUGUUUAAUUAAAAGUCGCAUUGUUGAUAUUAAAUUGUAAAUGUAAAAGUUUAAGCUGAUAAGCGGAGUAGACAUGAUAUAAAGAUACAU